GCUUUGCGGACCGAAGGCUUUGCCGCGAUCGCUUACGACCAGGUGGGCUCUGGCUACUCCGAAGGCGACGCCCCCGGCUACGUUGAGAGCUUUGGUGACGUCAUCACCGAUUUGCAAAAGCUGGCCGAAGAGGAGCAGAAGCGGUAUCCAAGCGCGAAAAUCUUCGCGCUGGGGGAGUCUGCUGGAGCGCUCGUAGCAUUACGGCAUGGCAUUGGGAGGGCGGUGGAAGGGCUUGACCCAUCCCCGAUCGCCGGGUACAUCCUCUGCGGUCCGAUAGUGAGGAUCAAGAAGGAGAUGAUGCCUCCACCCUGUGUGAUUGGGAUAGCAAAGUUUCUAGCGCGCUUCUUCCCGAAGCUUCCACUGCCUGGCGUGGACGUGACGUCCACCUUUGACGAAGCCUUUGGGGAUCCUCGUUGGGCGGCAGCUGGCAAGGCAGAUCCAGUCGUCCAGCGAGUGAUCAAUGCGCAGAUGCACGUCAGGACUGGCGCUGAAAGCCUCGGGGCCAUGGAGUUUAUCAACCUUCCGGAAAACCAGAAGAAGUUUAAGGCUCCCAUUGCGAUGAUCAUAGGAGAAAAGGAGGUGCGUGUCGACCUGGGCGCGGCCUUCGAGUUUUACAUGACCGCGGGCUCGGACGAUAAGUAUCUGAAAGUGCUGAAGGGGGCACGGCACCAACUUUUCCAGGAUCAACCCGAGCUUAUCCAGGUGGCAGUGCAAGAAGUGAUCUCAUGGCUGAAGGCACAUGCUUAG